GUUUGUUUUGACAAAUGUGUGACAAGUUUUUCGAUCUCGUUUUUGUGGAAUUGAUACUUAAUGGAGGCGGAUACGUGUACUUUAGCCAAAGAAAAAUGUGGGCUUGAUAGAAGGUUCUCGAGAAUCGUAUGGAACUACUAUUUAUCAACAUCACCUUCAUGAAACUUCUAUUUUCGCCAGCAAACGUCUCUCUGGUGAUAAAUCAACGCCUUCGUUCUUGAAUUAUUGUUUGCAAUAGCUUUGUGAAAGGAUAAAAUAUGGGCAGAAGAUACAGUAGAAGCCCGUCUCCAAGGGGUUAUAGUAGGAGAUACAGAAGCCCGUCUCCGAGGGGUUAUAGUAGGAGGUAUAGAAGCCCAAGCCCGAGGGGCCGGUAUAGAAGUCGUGGGCGAGACCUUCCGACCAGCUUGUUGGUUCGUAAUCUUCACCUUGAUUGCAGGGUUGAAGAUCUUCGUGGACCAUUUGGAGAGUUUGGUGAACUCAAGGACGUCUACCUACCGCGUGAUUACUACACAGGAAAUAUUACUCAUUUCGCAACAAUGGAGGCUUUCUCCUUGAGUUCUUCCUCUAUCACUGUUACACCUAAAAAUGUUGCGAAAAAGGAGGAUAACCGCAGAGUUAAAACGAGCAUGACGAUAUGCUGCCAGAAGAGUGGAAAGCAUGCAGUUAAGUCUAGUGGGAUUUCAUCAGUUUUGACAGAUAAGUCGUCUGCUUUGAUCAGCCCGGCGUUGAUGGAGACUGGCAGUUUGCUUUUGAGCCCCAAUGGUAAUGAUUUGGUGUCGACAAGUGACGAUGGUAUUGGCAUUGUCAAGUUCCUCAGAGCCAAAACAUUUCUCAUCACUGGUGCAACUGGAUUUUUGGGAAAAGUUCUGGUUGAGAAAAUAUUGCGGACAGCUCCUGAUGUUCAUAAGAUAUUCGUCUUGAUCAAGCCCAGGAACAACGAAACUGCAGCCGACAGAAUGAAAAGUGAAAUUAUCAACGCUGAGCUUUUCAAGAAUCUGAAGCAAAUCCAUGGAAAAUCAUAUGAAGCAUUCAUGCUGAGCAAGCUUGUUCCUGUGGCAGGCAAUGUCUGUGAGACCAAUCUUGGCCUGGCUGAAGAUGCAUCUACUUUCAUGGCCAAAGAGGUCGAUGUAAUCAUAAAUUCCGCAGCCAAUACCACUUUUGACGAGAGGUAUGACACGGCUCUGGAUAUAAACACCGGCGGACCCACUCCUUAUGUGAAUGGACAAAGGCUAGGCAGGAUUAUGGAGAAGCCCUUCAGCAUGGGUGAAAGCAUAGCAGGCGAGACUGUAGCUUACAAAAACCACCACCAGCUACCCUUUCCCAAAUUGAGCGUCGAGGAUGAAAUCAAGAUAGUUUUGGAGUCUAAAAGAGGUCUCGAUAAUAAUGCACAGCUUCACAAAAUGAAAGAAUUAGGUUUGCAGAGAGCAAAGAAAUUCGGCUGGCAAGACACGUAUGUGUUUACAAAGGCUAUGGGUGAAAUGAUGAUAGACAAACUAAGAGGGGACAUACCUGUGGUAGUAAUCAGGCCAAGCGUUAUCGAGAGCACGUACAAAGAACCAUUCCCUGGAUGGAUGGAAGGAAACAGGAUGAUGGAUCCAAUCAUCCUGCAAUAUGGCAAGGGCCAGCUGACUGGAUUUCUAGUCAACCCGGAUGGAGUUCUUGAUGUAGUUCCAGCAGACAUGGUCGUGAAUGCAACCUUGGCAGCCAUGGCAAAGCAUGGGUCGACCGGAAAGCCAGAAUACAGAAUCUACCAGGUGGCUUCGUCUGUAGUUAAUCCUUUAGUCUUCAGGGACUUGGCUAAGUUCCUAUACGAACACUUUAGCUCCUCCCCAUUCAUAGACACAACGGGUAGUCCAGUCCGCAUUCCCAAGAUGAAGCUAUUCGACUCCAUGGAUGAUUUCUCUUCUCACCUCUGGAGGCAUGCUAUCAACCGAACGGGAUUAGGAGCUCUGGCCAACCUCGAUGGAAAAUUGUCUCAGAAGCUCGAGCUCAUCUGCAGAAAAUCAGUGGAACAAGCCAAAUUUGACAACAGCAACACAGAAAGAUUAAUGGGAUUCAUGUCUAACGAAGAGAGACAACAAUUCGGAUUUGAGGUUGAGAACAUCGAUUGGAAAGAUUACAUCACCAAUGUCCAUAUUCCAGGUUUGAGAAGGCAUGUGAUGAAGGGACGGGGGCUGAGCAGUUAGAUAGCAGCUUCAGUGAAAAGAAAGAAGGAAGAAAAAAAGAAUCGCUUUUCGUAAAUGCAGUCAACUAUAGAAGAAACCAAUACAAAGCAUCUGUAACAACAAUAAUUAGGCUUAUGCCAUUGUAACAAAUAUUGGAGCAGACUCGGAAUGAAAGUUUACGCAAACUUAUGCAGAUUUGGUUUGAGCUUCCAAGCCUCAAAUUUCCUGUGAAUAAAUAAAGUAAAUGUCCCCAG